AUGGAACAGCGGUGCAGCUGUGCUUUAAUAUUAGAAGAAUGGAAUUUUCCCAUGCUGUCAUUGCAGAUUACAUUUAAUUCACCAUUACACUUGGAUUUGAUUUUCCCAUUGGCCAAACAUUCCAACAGUCAUAGAUUUAGUCAUACUCGAGUCGUGACACUAGUCCUAAAUCAUGUAAUUUUGCUAUUUUACCCUAAUAUUCCCCGUCUCUCCCCGCUCCCUCUCUUCUUCCACCUCUCUACCUCUCUCUUUCUCCAUCCGUGCAUCUCUCUCUCCCUCCAUCUCUUUCUCUCCAUCCAUUCUUCACAGUACUGGCAUAAAGGAUGUUUCAGCUGCGAGGUGUGCAAAAUGACCCUCAACAUGAAGAAUUACCAAGGCUUCGACAAGAAACCCUACUGCAGUAUGUGAGUAUCUCACACAGCAUACCAUUGAUAUUAUCGUCCAUGUUUGUAUCUGUCUGGCAGGCACUGCAAGCACGUUGUCUGUGUGCUAGGUGCUUUUCAGAGCGAGAGAGAGAGAGAGAGAGAGAGAAAGUCUUAAAUUUACACCCACGCUCCCCUAUGGUGACUAGACAAAAUGAACCAAGAAAGGAUUUUGCACAGGAAGUAUGACAGGGUGCAGUUGGCAAACUGAUAGACAGACAGACAGACAUACAGACACUGUGUGUGCGCACAUGUGUGUGUAUGUGUGUACUCGCGGUAGUGUGUGUGUGGUGGGAUUACCUGCUAAUCCAGGAUGUAUUUUACCUGUGUGCAGACACCCUUCUCCAGAGGGGGGCAUUAGGAGGGGCUUCUUAACAUGGAUUACCUUAGCUUCAACCACCCAAGUUUGAUUUGGUCAGUGCUCUGGAAAGGCCCCAAAAUGACACUGAAAAUCAAUUUACAGUGGCAAAAAAACCCUAGAAGAAGAAAAAAGUUACAUACUUACCCUGUGUAUGUCUCUUCACAUCCUGCUGUAAUAUCUCUUCUCUUUGGCUCUUUGUUGCAGGCACUACCCGAAGAGCUCCUUCACCUCCGUGAUUGACACCCCAGAGAACCUGCGCCUCAAACAGCAGAGCAUGUUGAACAGCCAGGUUAGAACACACAUACUACUGAACUCUAUGGGCCAGUUUCCUGGACAAAGAGUAAGCCUAGUCCUGGACUAAAAAGCACAAAGCACUUUCAAUGGAGAUUGUCCAUUGAAAAAUGCUUUUUUACCGUAGUCCAGGACACUAUCUGUGUGAAACUGGCCCAUCUGUGUGUAUAUACCCGUAUACGUUUUAAUAAGAGUGCAAAGGCCCUCAAAUCAACAUCUAGGGCCUCUUUAACCAAAUUGAAAUUGAAACCAAUUUAUUUUAGGGUGGGAAUCGAAGCCAACCCAGAUUCACGUCCUCUGUGCUGAGAUAGACUUCUAAAUCCUGGCAUUAGACCUUACCUUGCAGGGCGCAUACCCACUUGGUGUCACACUGUAACCUCUCUCUAACCUCUUUCCUCCCGUCAUUGCUACCCAGGUACCAUGGUAAUCUUUCUUUAAUCCUGUGGCAUGACCUCUUCUAUCUCUCUUUUCCUCUCUCUAUCUCCAUCUCUUACUCCAUCACUCAGUGAGACAGAUUGAGCCCAACUCUCUACCCCGCUGUCAUGACAAUUGGAUUCCUUCUACAGCUGACGGAUCCUUCUUUACCCUCCUUAGAAACUAACACACACACACACAGACACACACACACCCUUCAUUGACGUUUGCAUGGCCCAAUUUGAACUCACAUAUUAGUAAUGAGGCCAUGGACACACACACGCACACACAAAUACAUACUUUAUCGAUCCAGCAAUUACCAACAUCGGUACUACAGACACCCUACUGCAGUGGUUACCAACCUAGGGGUUGAGAUAAGGUUUCCUGGGGGGUUUGCGGGCCUUACUUGAUUUGAGGGGUAAAAAAACAACUAUCCUGAUUAAAUAAACCAAUUAUGAAUAUCUCUGCAAUGCUUUAGGCUAGAAACAACCGUAAACUGCACAAGAAAGACACGACCCUGUUGCACAUAGGGAUAUCUUUGGUUUGUCUCUAUGACAUUCAGAGGCUGAGCUACAACCUUCAAAUGAGUCACAAAUAUUUGGUGCCAUCAAUUGAGCUAUUCACUUUCUGAAAACUGCACAAAAGCAUAAAGCAUUUGGCUACUUUGAUAGUCCACAGUGUUCUGAAUAAGAGGUUAAAAUGUCUUAUAUUACAAUAUUACGACAUAUUUGGUAGGGAAAUCACCUCAAAUGAGCUAGACUUGAUUUUCCCCAACAUUAUUACCAUGAAAUAGCAUACCCAACAAUAGAUGUCAUGUUAAACUAUGUAAAAUUGCAGGAAAUCUGCUUUAAAUUAGCAAACAUUUCCUAGGGCCUCUAGGAAUUUAUCAAAUGUAAAAUAUGGUUGGGAACCCCUGUAAAAAGGUUGGGAACCCCUGUGGGGCUAAUGUGAUCAUGGAGUCACAUGCAUGCACACACAUAUGCAUUCUCUCAUGUGGCAAUUAACUAAAACGCACACAAUGGCUUUCCUUUCCUAUUCACAGCUCUGAUACAAAGUGACUAGAUUAAGCAAAUUACUGUACUGAGUGUACAUAACAUUAUGAACACCUGCUCUUUCAAUGACAUAGACUGACCAGGUGAAUUCAGUUUAAAUAUGUGAUCCCUUAUUGAAAUCCACUUCAAUCAGUGUAGAUGAAGGGGAGGAGACAGGCAAUAUAACAAUUUUUAAACUUUGAGACAGUUGAGACAUGGAUUGUGUAUGUGUGCCAUUCAGAGGGUGAAUGGGCAAGACAAAAUAUGUAAGUGCCUUUGUACAGGGUAUGGUAGUAGGUGCCAGGCGCCCCGGUUUGUUUGAAGAACUGCAAUGCUGCUGGGCAGUUUUCAUGCUCAAGAAUGGUCCACCACCCAAAGGACAUCCAGCCAACUUCACACAACUGUGGGAAGCAUUGGAGUCAACAUGGGCAAGCAAACCUGUGGAACACUUUCAACACCUUGUAGAGUCCAUGCCCCAAUUAAUUGAGGCUGUUCUGAGGGCAAAACGGGGGCCGGGGGGUGCAACUCAAUAUUAGGAAGGUGUAGUCCCCUGUAGCUCAGUUGGCGCUUGCAACGCCAGGGUUGUGGGUUCGUUUCCCACGGGGGGCCAGUAUGAAAAUGUAUGCACUCACUAACUGUAAGUCGCUCUGGAUAAGAGCAUCUGCAAAAUGUAAAAUGUUCUUAAUGUUUUGUACACUCAGGGUACAUUACGAUGAACAAAGAUGACAAUACACAACCCAAUACACAAUCUCAUGUGCAUAAUAACCCAUAAUUUCAGGCUGAUAUUAUCUUUUCACUUGUUGUAUGACAUCACAUUUUAUGUAUGUUUCUGCAUAUGUGCCAAGAUGAUUUAAUACUCCUAAACCUAUUACUAGCCACACUGAUACCAGUAAAUCCUCCCCACAGCCACAAAAUGGUAGUCAAACGUGAAUCAAACAUUUGACUGAAGCUUUAAGGUCAACCCCCCCCCCCCCAUCACUAAAGACCAUCUGUUCUACUUGUCUUUCUCUAUCACUAUCUGUUCCUUUUUCUAUUCCUUUCUUUCUCCUCCUAUCUCUCCUUUCUUCCUAGGAAACUGGAGUAUGUUUUGUGUGUUUUUAUGUUAGCAGCCACUAUGCACACACAGCUGUACAGUAUGUUUAGUAUUAGCGAAAAUAUUAAGUGGGCAGUGUUACAUGUAAUUCUGACCACUACCAUAGAUGUUAAAGGUCCAAUACAGCUGUUUUUAUCUCAAUAUCAAAUCAUUUUUGGGUAACAAUUAAGUACCUUACUGUGUUGUUUUCAAUUAAAAUGGUCAAAAAGAAACAAAAAUAGCUUCUUACCAAAGAGCAAUUUCUCAAGUAACAAUUUUGCUAGGACUGUCUGGGAGUGGGGAUGUGAAAACUGAAAACUAGCUGUUAUUGGCAGAGAGGUUUUGAAACAUAUAGAUUCUAUUAAUUUACUAAUUCCUAAUGCAAUGUUUGGAACUCUCUUUCUUAUUGGAAUAUUAACUAAUUUUCCGCCUGGUGAUGUCACCAGGCAGGCCAAAACUCCAUCCCACCAAAACAGGCAGAAAUGUAACGUGGCCUUUUCAAACAGCUCUUACACUAAAAGGGCAUUAUCAUCCUUUAUUUAUCCUUUAUUUAUUUUAUCCUUUAUUUAUUUAUUAUUUUUAUUUUAUCCUUUACACAUACACAAUUUCACAGUAUUAUUCCAACCACAUAGUGUGGAAAUAUAUAAAACACAGGAAAAUCACGUUUUUGACUGCACUGGGCCUUUAAUGAUAGUAGAUACAGCCACAUCUCAAAGAUUAGCAAUUCACAUUUAAGUGAAAAAAAUGCCUUGUCUGUCAAUUUGGUAAAACCUUUAGGGAAAGGUUUGACAAAAGUGAUGUGUUAAUGUAAUGAUAAACUAUAUAAAUGUUUAGUAUCUUCUUAUUGUAUGAGGGUACUUUCUGUAAACACAGUAUGGUCCUUUCCCCCUCACUCUCACUCACCCAAACAAGGCCUUUUUAUUGUUCAUAACCCAUAACCAUAAAAGUCGAUGCACCCCUGCGAUUCCUCACUGAGAAAGCAUAUUCCUCAUAGCAUAGCAAGCACAUGACUCACAUCUGAGUGUGUGUGUGUGUGUUUGUGUGUGUGUGCGUGUGUGUGUGGCAAGGAGGAGUUCUCUCUUCUCUGCUAUGGGUUGUUGUUAAUGACUUUAGUACUUGUGGCUCCCAGCAGUUGGAGGCUUUAAAAUUACGGGGUGGCUGUGGAUCCGAUUUCUUUGGAACAUUCUUCCAGACAGCUAAAAGUCUGAAGCUUCUCCGCAUGUGCCAGAUUCUCCACUUUAUGCACAGUUUCUGCUCUACUCGUUCAGCUGCCUAGAACAGGCUACUCUGGCGAAUCUCAGUGAUGAAUGGAGAAUGGUGCUCGUUUAAUAAAGUUAUAUCAAAGCUGAAUCAAUGUCUGCAAGAUCACUUAAUUAUAGUAUUCUACAUAAAAUAGCCAAAUAUAAUAGCAUAGUAUAAAGUUAAUGUAAGACAAAAAACACCACCUCAUUUGUUAUGAGAUUUUAGGAUGAUUGUGCAAAUGAUCAAAUGUUUUUCUUAUGCGGCCAAAAGUAAACAGCGUGCACCAUUAGGUAGGGCUGUUGCGGUGACCAUAUUAACGCCACACCGGCAGUCAUGAGUCAUGACCGCAGUAAAAUUCCAUGUGACCGUUGAGUCACUGUAAUCACUAUCUCCCGAGUGGCGCAGUGGUCUAAGGCACUGCAUCGCAGUGCUAGCUGUGCCACUAGAGAUCCUGGUUCAAAUCCAGACUCUGUCGUAACUGGCUGCGACCGGGAGACCCAUGGGGUGGCGCACAAGUUGUCCAGGGUAGGGGAGGGAAUGGCCGGCAGGGAUGUAGCUCAGUUGGUAGAGCAUGGUGUUUGCAACGCCAGGGUUGUGGGUUCGAUUCCCACGGGGGGUAUAAAAAAUUAUGUAUGCACUAACUGUAAGUCGCUCUGGAUAAGAGCGUCUGCUAAAAUGUAAUCUCCUUUUAUGCACUCAGGACAUGCUUUGGUAGUACCCAACUUGCUAACGACCAUCAGGUCCUAAUGGCCCGGUGGUACUCAGGGCUCUAUUGUCCCUCUAACCACUCUGACAUCAAUGCAAAUGCAAUCAUAAAUCAUCAAACACUUAUCAAAAAAUAAUCUGUAUCAUGCUUUUAAAACUCACCUCACUGUGAUGAUCAAUUUGAAGAAAGAAGUUCAACAGCAGGUUGAAACUGAGUGUAAAACAUGGUCAUUGUGGAUGUUGGUUCAAAGCCUAACACAAUGAAAAAGACAGCGCUUUCUAAGGUGAUGAUUAAUUCAAAACAUCCAUACACAUAUUAGAGCUUAUGCAUAUGCUUAGGCUUAUGAGCCCAAGCCCCAAAGGCUUACAGUUAGCCUACAAUUAUAGUGAAUUUGUAUUUGAUUUUGAAUAGCCUAGUAAUAGGGCAUUUUUUAUAUUUUCAUAAUUAAUUGGGUGACACAUUACCUUUAACUACAGAAUAUCUCACCACCAUGCGUUUCCAUCUCCUCCUCUCUCUGCUUUAUUCCUUUCUCAAGCGCAUAGAGGGGCUGUCAACAGUUUAGUGCAGUCCUUCUCAAAUAGUGGGGCGCGCCCCCCUGGGGGGGCUCGGAGCGAUGCCAGGGGACCCCGGGGAACAUGUUUUUUUUUUGCCGCAGGGAGUAGUUUUUUUUUGCACCGAACAAGAGCACACAGCACAGAGCAGGAGAUAUAAAGUGCAGAUAAUAAACCCUUAAGAGACACCAUGGAAAAAUAUUUAACAGGGAUGAAAAGGAAGGCGGAGAGAGACGGAGAUAAUGAGACAAACGUAAGUCUCCCGAAAGCUAAGAGGAGGAAAUAUGACGAAGCGUAUGUAGCGCUUGGCUUCACUGUGACUACGGUGGGAGACGAGGAAAGACCGGUAUGUUUACUGUGUCUAAAAAUGUUGGCAGCGGACAGCAUGAAGCCAAAUAAAUUAAGGCGUCACUUAAAGACAUUACACCCCAAUCACGCUGAUAAGCCGCUUGAGUUUUUUCAGCGAAAACGUGCCAAAUAUUGCCAACAAACUUUGUGAAUGCUACUUCAGUAAACCAGCGAGCACUGUUAGCAUCAUAUAAGGUGGCAUACCAAAUUGCUCACCCCACUCCAUAGCAGAGGAGCUGAUACUGCCUGCAGCAUUAGACAUGGUCUCUGUCAUGCUGGAUGACGCAAGUGCUGCAAAAAUAAAAACUAUCCCUCUGUCCAAUGACACUGUCGCCAGACGUACAAAUGACAUUGCUAACGAUCUUACAGCUGGUAGAUAAACUCAAAGACAAACGUUUUGCCUUACAGUUCGAUGAAGCAACUGUUUGUUUAUCGCUUAUGUACGUUUUGACAUGACAAACUCCCUGUGUGAGGAUCUACUUUUUUGUAAAUAUGUCAGAGAUAGAGCCACAGCUGAAGAGCUAUUCAAAAUGCUGGACUGCUUCCUGACUGAGAAUGGGCUAUAGUGGGAGAACUGCAUUGGUGUUUGCAGUGAUGGUGCACAGACCAUGGCAGGGAUGAGAAAAGGACUUUGGGCACUCAUCAAGAAGGCCUCACCUAAUGCUGAGUGGACACACUGUGUUAUACACAGAGAAGCACUGGCAUCAAGGCACCUUUCCUCUGAAUUAAGUGAGGUUAUGACUGACAUUGAAGGUGUAGUCAAUUUUAUAAAGACCAGACCACUAAAAACAAGAGUCUUCUCAGCUGAACAUCAAGCUGUGCUGUUUCACAGUGAAGCAAGGUGGCUGUCACGAGGAAAAGUCUUGUCCCGAGUUUUUGAGCUCAGAGAGCAGAUAAGAAUGUUUUUCGGAGCAGGAGCACAAGUAUGACCUCGCAGAAAAAUUUAGUAAUGAGAACUUCCUGGCAAAACUGGCCUACCUGAGUGACAUAUUUGGAAAGCUAAAUGAAGGGAAAGAUAAACACCUCCCUCAGGUCACAGACAAGAUCAGCUCUUUCACUCGAAAGCUUGCAAUGUGGGGCAGGCGACUUGAUGAAGGAAAUACUGAUUCAUUCGAGAACCUGCAUGAAUUUGUUGACACUACUGACUAUGAUGCCACCUCAGUGAUUCCAUAUAUUAAGGAGCAUAUUUCAUCACUGAUGGGAUUCUUUAAAAAGUACUUCCCUGAAAACAGUUCCCAAUAUGACUGGGUGAGAGAUCCUUUCAAUGCACCAGCUCCAACUGGUUUCAGCUCUGCAGAGGAGGACCAGUUCAUUGAUAUGACGUCUGACUCCACAUUGAGACUGAGGUUCACAUCACAGACACUGAGUGAAUUCUGGCUGAGUGUAGAGAGGCAGUAUCCACUCUUAGGGCAGAGGGCCAUGGGCAUUCUUCUUCCUUUUGCAACAUCUUAUCUUUGUGAGACUGGCUUCUCUGCUGUUGCUGCACUGAAGACCAAGUACAGGUCCCAGCUAAACAUUGAGCAGGAGCUGAGAGUUGCAGUAUCAUGCUUCAAACCCCGCUUCAAAAAGCUGUGCACUGCAAAACGUGCUCAUUGUAGCCAUUAAUCCUGACUUCCUCAUUUUUAUUUAAAAAAAAUCAGCCCAAAUUGUUUUAUUCAUUUUUGUUUUAUAGGUCAAAGUGUUUCAUAUAUUGUGCUCCUGAGUGAAUGUUGCUGAUCAAUUUGAAUGUAUUAUUAUUUAUUGAUUAUAUUUUAUUUUAUUUUUCAGUAUCAAAUGGUCAAAAAAAUUUUACAGUUUAAAUAAGGAUAUAAUUUUUUUUUACAUUUCAGGCAAAUUGAUGCACUUUAUGUAUUUUCUGUUACAGACUAAAAAACAAUGUUAAUAAAGUUAUUCUUUGUUGUAAGUUGAUCUAUAUUUCUUUCUUUUUUCUUUUUUUCUUUUCUUUAAUGUUAAUAAGGAUACAAUGUUAUGCAGAGGUGUACUUAUAACAAUUUUAUAGACAAAUUAUACUAUUUACAGUCGCGGCGGAGAGUUGGGGGGCGCGAAAUGUUUACUUCUUCCUAGGGGGGGCGUAACAGAAAAUAAUUGAGAAGCACUGGUUUAGUGAAAUAUGUUUCGUUGCGAAAACAUGUUACUAUCGAUGUUCCCAAAUCGAUAGUAACUGCCUCCAUUCGCUAUUCGAGUGCAUACGGACGACAUGUCUUUUUCCCCUGCCCCUGUUCCUGCCCAUUUGAUAAUGGGCCAUUCUAAAUCUAAACUAAUUUUACAUAUUAAUAAAGACAACAUUAAAUUAAGAAUUUUCUGAUGGGUAAAGAAUAUUAUCACUUGAUGAGUGUGAGGCAAGCUUUUUUUGCGACUUUCUCAAAUCAUCAAGAGCCUAUGGUCGCAUCAUGCACCCCAUGUAUGUUUUGAUUUCUAAGACAUUCUAUAGUUUGUACCAUGCACAAUAAAGUUGCCAAAUAACUCUAAAUCUAGCGUAUAGGACCUGUUUCAAAUGAUCACGUUUACGCUCAACAUAGCCACUUCAUAUGCGCCCUCGCUCCGGAAUGGGAAAAAUAUCCUUUCUAUUUUAUUCAGCUAAGUUAAAUUAUAUUCUUCUUACUAUAAAAUCAUAUAAUAUAUAUAAUGGCACAGGAUAUAUCUUGUCAGCUAAAUUAACAAGCCUACAGCCUAUGGCAUGGAGCAUUGCCAGAUAACAUACAUUAGGCCAACUCAUAUUCUGUUCUUCUGAAAUACAUUUUCUUCAUAUCAUGUUUCUUUAGACCUGACUAAAAUAAAUAAUGGAUUUAUUGUGAUGGUGUAUAUUAAAUUGAUUAAUUAGACUUUUUUUUAAAUGUAGAUGUUCCAAAGGUGCACAUCAGUGGUUUGUAUGCAGCUAAACUUGUUUAUGUUCAUUAAUGGUCAAUUACCGUGAGACCAGCAGACUUUUGCAUUAAAUAACCAGCUGACAAAAUAUUAUGACUGCUACAGCCCUACGCACCACUAGGCAAAACACAGGUAUGCUACAGUUUGUUAACAUCUUCUGCUCUAAAAUCCACUCACUGUACAUCAUUCAAAACAACACUGUACCUCAAAACGACACUGUACAUAACUCAAGAAGAUCUAAAUGCAUAUUCCCAUGAAAAUGAUUGAGAUCAAAUGGUUGACAUGCAGCUGCUGCAUAGACGUUUCACCGGUAAAACUUGAAGAAUUAUCAUUCAUGAUUGACAGUUAGAAAUGUGAAGGGAGGGUGACCACAAAAAUGUGUGUGCAAAGUAGGGGUAAAGAAACACAUGCGCAGAAUGUGAUUCGGAUCGUCAGGUCUGGGGAAGACGCUUCCAUGGGCAACCUUACAAUUAUUAGAGCGGAGGCAACGGUAUGGAGUCACCAUUGGUUUAUUUUACCAAAAGGUUGUGGAGUUCCAGAAUCCAGUGAGGCAUAUUGGCUGUGUGACCAGACUCUCUGGAUGCCUCUUCCCGAUAGCUAAACAACCUUCUGCGCAUGUUAUACUUUAUACAACUGUUUUUAUAUAGCUCCAGUAUCUCCGCUGCUGCUUCCCCCUCCCUUCCAAAUCUCACUCACCCCCCGGCAAUGAUCAGACGUCUUUGUCUGUUACAGCCCAACACAUGUUGUACAAACUUCUUUGUCUGUUGUAGGCCUAA